AACAACCGAAGUCGCACAGUUCAUCAAUUAUUUAACUGACAAACGAGAAAUAAAGUUAUAACCACAACGUUUGCACGACAUAAAGAUAGAAAUCAAUAACCUACUGUACCCGUGCUGCAUCUCUGCCGGCAAAGAAGAGGCUGCGGUAGAUUCGGUUCUGGAAGUACUGUCAAAAAGAUAAAAAAGAAAGAAAGGAAUCAAUGGGAUGGGACCAGCUGAAGAUUAUGAAUUGCUGAUAAAACGUCGUUCAUUCUGUCGCGUCAUAUACAGACAUAAUAUCAUUUUGCGUCGGUCACUAUCGAAGCAGAUAAGAACGACAGAAUAUUAAGACUGAGAGGAACUAAUCCUAAAGCAAAGUGUGAGCACCGGCUGCAGUGGUACAGUCAUAACAAUGGCAACAGAAAAUUCAUUUCCCAGCGACCCAAAUCUCCUCCUAGAAUUUUGUGCAUCCUUAUUUGAUCUCAAUGGCUUCGAAAUACAGAAGAAAGUUAACAGAUAUCUACAAGACCGUACGGGAGCUGAGUUAGUGUUUCUGGUGCCUCUCCUGCCUGAGAAUGAAGAGGCUUUAGUUCAGGUCCUGGGUGAUAACCAGCUGGAUCAUGAACUGCGAUUUCCAGUACGGAAUAACAUUCUUCAUGUAGCAGUAAAAAGGAGGUGUUCGAUUACAGCCUCUUCCUCAGAGCUUGAUCCAGAACUUCACAACAUGCUAAAGAAUCUAGUAACACCAGACCCAACAUCGUUUCUGAUUGUACCAAUUUUCCAUGCAAAAGCAGAAACUGUCAGACUUCUGGCAUGCAUUGUUAAUUACGGUGAAACAGAAGAAGCACAAGUAAAAUGUACUGUACUCGUCAGUGAAUGUUUCCGGUACUGCAUUGGGACCGUCUUGAAUGCUCUGGCAUAUGAAGAAGAAAAACGCCUGAAACUACAGUGUCAGUCUUUGUUAUCAGUUGCAAAGAACUUAUUCUCACGUCUCGGGGAUUUUACUGACCUGAUGCGAGAAAUUAUGGCAGAGGCCCGUACGCUGACAAAUGCUGAGAGGUGUUCCUUGUUUAUUGUUGAUCAGAACAGUGAUGAACUGGUUGCUAAAAUCUUUGAUGGAGAAGUCACUCCUCAUAUUCUAAAGGAAGUCCGAGUGCGCAAAGGCCAGGGUAUAGCUGGCUGGGUUGCAAAAACAGGAGAAGUUAUUAAUGUCAGAGAUGCUUACAGCCAUCCAUUAUUUUAUAGGGGAAUUGAUGAAGCUACAGGAUAUAGAACAAGGAACAUACUUUGCUUUCCUAUUCACCAUGAAAAUGUCAUAGUGGGAGUUGCCCAGAUGUGUAACAAGAGAAAUGGCUACUACUUUGAUGUGUUCGAUGAAGAAGUUGCAAUGGCAUUUAGUAUUUACUGUGGCAUAAGUAUUAUGCACAGCUUAGUGUAUAAAAAGAUACAAGAAGCACAGGCAAGGUACAAGAUGGCAAAUGAGCUUAUGAUGUAUCACAUGAAGGUGAAUGCAGAGGAUGUACAAAACUUACUUAAUUGCAAAGGAAGUCAUGACAACAAACUAUUAUUACAUUGGUCUUUCUCCCCUCGCACAAUACCAGUUCCUGAAACAACGUGCUAUGUUUUCAAGUUUUUUGAAGAUUUGAAUUUGGUAAAUCACUUUCAAAUCGAUAAGGAGACUUUAUCACGAUUUAUUCUCCUCGUGAAGAAAGGAUAUCGGGACACACCAUAUCACAACUGGAUGCAUGCAUUCUCUGUGGCCCAUUUUGCCUUCCUUUUGGUUAAAAAUCUUGACCUAAUAAAUAAAUCAUAUAUAACGGCACUGGAAGGACUAGCAUUCAUUAUAUCAUGCUUGUGUCACGAUUUGGACCAUCGCGGAACAAACAAUUCCUUUCAGACAGAAUCUGGAACAGUCUUAGCAAGUCUGUACAGUUCUGAAGGAUCUGUUAUGGAGAGACACCAUCUGGCACAGACUCUGUGCAUACUAAAUACAGAUGACUGUAACAUACUAGAUGGCCUUGACAGGAAUGAAUACACUACGUGUUUGGACAUUAUACGGGACAUAAUAUUAGCCACAGAUUUAGCUCAUCACUUGAGAGUAUUGAAGGAGCAAAGAGUAAUGGUGUCCAAUGGGUUUGACAAAUCAAAUGACAGACAUCGGAAACUGCUAUUAUUUUUGCUGAUGACAGCUGCAGACCUGAGUGAUCAAACUAAGGACUGGCAGGUCUCCAGACAGAUAGCUGAGCUUAUAUAUGAAGAAUUUUUUUCACAAGGUGAUUUAGAGAAAUCAAUGGGAAACAAGCCAUUGGAAAUGAUGGACAGGGAAAAUGCAAGGAUUCCAGAAUUACAAAUUCAGUUUCUGGAAGAUAUUGUUAUUCCCGUUUUUGAGCUCUUAUCAACUCUGUUCCCUGAAGCAAAAUGUUUGUAUGAUGCCAGCUGGACAAACAAACUGUAUUGGAUGCGUGCAUCUCAGGUGUUUGUUGACCAAAGGCUGAAAGGACAAACUUCAAUGGAAAUCCUCAGAGACCCAGACCUUGUUGCAAGUGUUCUUCGUAACUCUCCUCCAAAAAACUGUUGCUGCUCAUGGUGCACCCGUGGGACUCCACAGCUGUGGGUGACGGAAGUCAAGAAGAUUAUGGAGGAGAAUGGAGAAACAAAUAAUUAAGGAACAUGUGUAAAUCAAGUCAGCAUGCUACAUCGCAGAAAUGAAAAUUUUAUGAGGCCUAGAGCAGCACAACUCGCAGAAACAGCAUCUUCACUGCCCGAACCAGAAAGAAAAUUGCUGGCCACUAGACGUCGCGGGUCAACGGCCAAAGAGCAGCAGAAGAUCCUGUGACCGGGUUGUUGCAUUGAACCUCCAACAUUCAAAUAAAUAAAAAAUUGUAAUUUUCCAUUGUAAUGACAUCACAGAAUGUUUAGUUCAUGUUGUAUUUUGUUCAGUUCUGUUUUGUCGAGUCUGAUGUGCACAUCUGUAUGUGGCCUAUACGAAGACAAUAAAACAGAGUAUGCUCUAAAGCUUAAA